AAACUAACUACAAUUAAUGAUUAUUAUUUGAUUGAAAUAUUAAUUCAAAACUUAACAACAUUAAAACAUUUAUCAUUAUAUAUUGGUUAUUUAAAUGAAUAUAUUAAUGAUAUUAGUCAACGUUUUGGGCAAUAUUUAUUACCAAAAAAUUUAAUUCAAUUUAAUUUUUAUUUACGAUUUCGAUAUUCUGAAUCUACAUCGUUUAUAAUGCCACCUAAUUUUGUAAAUAAUAAUGAGUAUUGA